UCUGCGAGAUUUGAGUAUAUUUGAACGGAGACUUGUAUGAAGUUAUAGUGUUUUAAUCUUCUGAAAAAAUUCACCAGGGUAGCACAGACAGGUAACAUUCAAAAUGUUGUUUUCAAUUUCAUCUCUGAUCUUCCUCGUUUACUGUACUUACUUCAGCCAAGAAAGAGAGAUGAGGCUACAGCAUGGAGUAAUUGAGCAUGCCUACUGCCACGUAAUCAAGAAUCGAUGUAACGACCCUGUUAUUGGAAGCUCAGUGAGGCGCUUCUGUGCAAGAACCUGUGUGGUAUGCGUAGUCACACCACCAACUAUACCACCGACAACGAUUCCUCGUACAGAGCAGCCUAUUGACCAGGGAAGCGUGGAAUGUGGCAGGAAAGCGAUCGGUAGCAGAAUUGUGGGCGGCACAAACGCAAGGCCUGGGGCUUGGCCAUGGCAGGUGACGAUGGACUACAAGGGACAUCCUGGCCCUCACUGGUGUGGUGGCUCAAUAGUGACCCCGCAUUGGAUAGUUACCGCUGCUCAUUGCUUUGGUAAUGGCGAUGACCCCAAGAAGUACAGCAUUGUUGCAGGUGAACAUGACCUUAACGCAGUGGACGGAUUUGAACAAAAUACGACAAUUGAGGAGAUCAUCACACAUCCCAAAUAUAACAGGAUUGCAAAUCAUGACUACGAUGUGGCACUAGUCAAACUGAAGAACCCCAUUAAGUACAACAAUCACGUGAGGCCUGUGUGCUUAGCUAAAUCGGACUUCGAUGCUGGAACGAAUUGUUAUGUAACUGGGUGGGGCUACACCUCUGAGGAUGGAAAUAUUGCGCAGAUUUUGCAGCAAGCGAAAGUUCCUCUCGUGUCUCGCGAAACCUGUCAAGAAGGGUACGACGACUUGGGAUACAAAAUAUCAACCCGCAUGCGUUGUGCAGGCUACAGUGAGGGAAAAAUUGACGCAUGCCAAGGAGAUAGUGGAGGGCCGCUAGUCUGCGUGAGGAACGACAAGUGGUAUCUUAUGGGUGUCAUCAGCUGGGGACAGGGAUGCGCGCGCAAAGGAAGAUAUGGGGUGUACGCUGAUAUGAUGGAUCUCAAGUUCUGGGUGCAACAGACCAUCAACAAAGUAUAAUCAUUAAAAAUCGAUUAGAAAUGUGAACACGAAAUAUUGUUCUCCUUUGUUUUUUAUUAACUAUCGAGAAUAAAACGGUUAAAAAUACAA